AGAGGGCGAGCGGGAGAGCGAGUGAGCUCCCGCAUUCGAACCUCCCUCGCAAAGGCUCUUUCCGCCCCACAAUGCACCGCGGCGGGCAGCCUUUGAAAAAGCGGCGCGGCUCAUUCAAGAUGGCGGAGCUCGACCAGUUGCCUGAUGAGAGUUCUUCAGCAAAAGCACUUGUUAGUUUAAAAGAGGGAAGCUUAUCCAGUACAUGGAAUGAAAAAUACAGUUCCUUACAGAAAACACCUGUUUGGAAAGGGAAGAAUACAGCCUCUUCAGUGGAAAUGCCCUUCAGAAAUUCAAAACGAAGCCGUCUUUUUUGUGAAGAUGAUGACAGACAAUUAAAUACAAGGUCCCCUAAAAGAAACCAGAGAGUUGCAAUGGUUCCACAGAAAUUCACAGCAACAAUGUCAACACCAGACAAGAAAGCUUCACAGAAGAUUGGCUUCCGUCUACGUAACCUUCUCAAACUUCCUAAAGCGCACAAGUGGUGUAUAUAUGAAUGGUUCUAUUCAAAUAUAGAUAAACCGCUAUUUGAAGGAGAUAAUGACUUUUGUGUCUGUCUGAAAGAAUCUUUUCCUAAUCUGAAGACCCGAAAGCUAACAAGAGUGGAAUGGGGAAAAAUUAGACGACUAAUGGGAAAACCACGGAGGUGUUCUUCUGCAUUUUUUGAGGAGGAACGAGCAGCAUUAAAGCAGAAACGGCAAAAAAUUCGGCUCCUACAACAAAGGAAGGUUGCAGAUGUGUCCCAGUUUAAAGAUCUUCCAGAUGAGAUUCCUCUCCCCUUGGUUAUUGGGACAAAAGUCACAGCACGAUUGCGUGGUGUUCAUGACGGCCUCUUUACUGGACAGAUAGAUGCUGUAGACACACUUAAUGCUACUUAUAGAGUUACAUUUGAUAGAGCAGGACUUGGAACCCAUACUGUCCCUGAUUAUGAAGUUCUGAGUAAUGAGCCUCAUGAAACAAUGCCAAUUGCAGCCUUUGGACAAAAACAACGACCUUCUCGAUUUUUCAUGACUCCACCACGGUUACAUUACACUCCUCCUCUCCAAUCACCCAUUACGGAUAAUGAUCCUUUAUUAGGACAGUCACCAUGGAGAAGCAAACUUCCAGGUUCAGAUACUGAAACAUUAGGUGGUUUUCCCGUGGAAUUCCUUAUCCAAGUAACUAGAUUAUCAAAAAUUCUUAUGAUUAAGAAAGAGCACAUCAAGAAAUUAAGGGAAAUGAACACAGAAGCAGAAAAAUUGAAAUCCUAUUCCAUGCCCAUCAGCAUUGAAUUUCAGAGGAGAUAUGCAACUAUUGUUCUAGAUCUUGAACAGCUGAACAAGGACCUAAAUAAAGUUUUACAUAAAGUUCAGCAGUACUGUUAUGAGCUUGCUCCAGACCAAGGACUCCAACCUGCAGAUCAGCCAACAGAUAUGAGACGCAGAUGUGAAGAGGAAGCACAGGAAAUUGUUAGGCAUGCAAAUGCAUCCACAGGGCAACCCUGUGUUGAAAAUGAAAAUCUUACUGAAUUGAUUUCUAGACUUACAGCAAUAUUAUUACAGAUCAAGUGUCUAGCAGAAGGAGGUGACCUGAAUUCCUUUGAAUUCAAAUCACUUACAGAUUCACUAAAUGACAUUAAAAGUUCAAUAGAUGCUUCUAAUAUCAGUUGUUUUCAGAAUAAUGUUGAGAUCCAUGUUGCACAUAUUCAGAGUGGCCUGAGUCAGAUGGGAAACUUACAUGCCUUUGCAGCUAAUAACACCAACAGAGACUGAGAAGAAAGUUUAAUUAUUCCAAAUGUACAAGACAUAGUUUUGGAAAAUCUCGCUCCAUAUACAGGCUUUCAACACCAAAUAACCUAUCUGCUGGUAAACAAGAAAAAAGAUUCUCCAAAAAAAGGCAUUUUUAAAAUACCAUGCUGCUUCAUAAACCAGCAUUACUGACCAGCAUUAUAUUUAUUUUGUUGUUUAUUUUACAAGUAUAGGAGCUUUGCUUAAGUUACGUAUGUUUAUUAGCAAGUUGUUUUAAACUGAAAAUGUCUGAAUAUAUUUUAAUAUAACUUCAACAAAGACUAUAUAAACCAUUUUAAAAAUAUGGACGAAUGUAAUACUACUCAUGCAGACAGCUCACAGUGGAAAAUGAGAAGAGAAUGGGUCUUGGUGCGAAUCAGUGGCUAAAUGGAUGGAAGUUGCUUCAUCUAGAAAACUACAACUUUAGUUGUUCUAGUUGAUUGCCAUAUCUCGGUCUUCAAAAGAUGAUAAAAUGAGGUGUGUGAAUUCCUAGUUUUAAGGAUGCCACUGGAAUAUGGAUGAAAAAUAUGGACUAUAAAAGUGGACAUGAUGUAUGCUUGAGAGUAUGCUAGAGUUCUGUAGAUCAGUUAAUAGCUUUUGAAAUAUGUUAAUUUAUCAUAAUUUAUGAAAGAAGCCUUUGUCUUUUAUCUGUUGAAGGAAAAUGAAGGAGCAGAAAAAACAUACUGCAGAGUGCUAAGUUCCAACGAAUGGAUUUGGCAUGUCUUUUCCCCUCAGUUCAGGGCAAAAGGUGCUUUUGUUUUGGAAUUUAUAAGAAUGACUGGUAACACACUAUUUUCAUAUUUUUGUUUGUUUGCACAACUUUUAAAUUUAGAUAACUGGUUAUAAUCUAAUAGUAUACAACUUAUAUAAAGACUUUUAUAAAGAAAACAAAAAUAACCAGUGCUAUGAAACAGAAGAAAAAAAAAGUUUUAAAAAAGGAAAAACCUGCCUAGGCUAUUCUGGAAUGUUAAUCUUGUAAAAAGUAUGUAUUUGAAUUUUCUUUUUGUUUAAUAUAGAGUAUUGUAAAGUUUCAGUGUAAUAAAUUUUUUUCCAGAUUUGGAAUUUAGGAAAUAGUUGUAGAAGUGGUUUUGAUUCUUUUAGAUGUCUCAUAAAAUGAGACUUUUUGUAUGUUAAUGUAUAAAGAAAAUUUAAACAAGGUUAUUUUCAAUUUGAAAAUUUUGUAUAGUUAAAAUAAAAUGCUUCUGUAUUCCUUGUUGGUAUGGUGCCACUGCAAAACUUUAGGGCAGAGUAUAUAUUUAGCUAAACUAUUCAGUUAAUUAAGAAAUCCAUAAAUCUUUUAUUCUCAGUGACAUUUGUAAUUAUAAAUAAAUUGACCUAAGAAAGUUGAUAUUUUUCUAAAAAUCUUAUUUAAUAAACAGAAUUACUCCCUGAAAUAGAAAAGGUUUGAAAUUGUGCAUUAACAAUAAAUAUUCCAGGGGGGCAAACCAUAGAAUGCAAGUCACUUAGAAAUAAGAAUUUAAUAGUGUUGAUUGUGGCUUAUUAUUUUUCAUAUAUUGGUGAAUAAGAUUCCCUGUGUUAUAUUUUAUAGCAAAAGCAAAUUAGUUACUGCCCUGGUACAUAGCUACAGACUGCCCACAUAUUUGUUAAAGUCUUCCUAAAAGUUUAUAAGCACAAUCGAAUAUUGUGGUUGAAUUAGAAGAGGAUAGUUCUUCCCUGUUUCCAAAAUAAUGAAACUGUUUUAAACAAACAAACCAAAAUAUCUGUCCAAAAGAGUGUUGUCCCCUUCAGCAUAGUUACAUUGAGAGGUUAUUUGUUGAAUUCCAGUAAUGUUAUGUUAUAAGUCCCUUUUAGCUUUGUCUUUAGAGCCAAUUAGCCACACAGAGGAAGUAAAACACCCAUUAUUUUGGGGUCACAUUUUGGUUUAACUCAAAAGAAGAUUGAUCAGUUUGAAAGUCAUUAGUUACCUAUUCAAGAUAAUAUAAAAAUCAUAUUUCCCUUCGAAGGAGAAAGAUUUGCCAUCAUUGAAGGUUUUCAAAAGAAUAUUCUGUAAACCCUACAGAUGAUUUCAAAGAGAACAUCAAGAAUGUUUUGAGCAGUGACAGUCUUUGAAAUGAGCACAUAGCCAUUAACAAAAACAAUGACAAAUUUAUUGAUAAUUCAAUAGGUACUUAGUCCUUCAAAAUACCCAAACAAACCUUACUAAGUCAAAGAUCACUCCUUUCAGGUACAUAUAUCUUGUAUUGUUUUUGUUUUGUCAUCAUGUUAAUUUUAUAGUCACACCCAGUACUGGCCAAUUAAGUUGGAAUUGCAGAAAAAUGUCAUUUCAUAUUUAAUAUGAUUUGAGGUCAAUUUUGAUUAUGUUUCAGAACUCUGAAUUUGCUGCUAAAUUCAAAGCAUUGUUGUCAUGUUUGAACUGUCCUAGAGUGAUAUCCAUUUUUUAAAAUUGCAUUGGAUUAUUGAAUUUCAACAGUUAAAUUUGCAUAAGAAUCAGAUACCCUUGAUUGUAUAUAUACAAGAUAAAACAUGACAGAAAUGAAUGUAAAAUCUUGCACUGGGAUUCAAAACAUAAACUGCCGAGACAUCACUAGACAGCAAUUGAUAUGAUAAAGAUCAAAAGAUUCUGGUGAACUUUUUAAUAUGAACAAAUGUUAACCCAAGCUUAAUGUGCAGAAUGAGGGAGAUGAUAACCAAAUGUGAUCUACUUUGAUCAGACCACAUCUAGACCAGUCUGUCUAGUCCUGUACCCACUUUUGAGGAAAGACAUUGAUAAACUGAAAUGUUGGGAUAUGUUACUUGAGUGCUUUAGGGAGGAUUUGGACUUCAAUUUGAGUGAAAUGCAAAUUCCUAAAAUGAAUUUUAGGGGGCAGGGUGAGGAGUGAAUAUGAUAGCUGUCUUCCAGUGAGAGUCACUUAGAAGACUAAAGUUAGUCGUUUUGUUUGGACCAGAUAUCAAUAAUACUAGAACCAAUGGAAAGAGUUUACAAGGAUGUGAAUUUAUUUCAGUGUUUAGGGGAAAGAUUCCUGUUAGUACUGUUCAAAAAUGCAAUAAUCUGCUUUAUAAGAUCGUAGAGGUCUAAUAGCAGAGAUAGAAUAAUAAAUAAUUUGUCAGAUAUAUUGUAUAAGGACUUUUCUACCUGAACACUAACUGAUUUCAGAGUCUUAUCACACUUUCCCAGUAGCAAUAUGACAUGUGUCUGGUUCCCUCCUAUAGCUUCUUAUGCUUAUAAUUUAAUAUGUGUGUUAAAGGCGAACUUUGAUAUACAGUUAGAUUUUAACAUUUUACUUUGUUAAAUUCUUUGUAUUUCAGAAACUCAAACAUAAACACAGGUUUCUAGUUUAUAAACAGCACUAUACUUAUAUCAAUAAUUAUUAAUUUGGGAGGACAAAAAUAUCUUUAUGAGGGCUUUCUUGAAAGAUGAAAUGCUUUUUUUUUUUAAAUAAAAUCUAUUCCCCAAAUUACCAAUCUGUUUUAUGUUAACAUUACUUUGUGUUAUUGUUAACAAUGUCCCCCGUCUCCAAUGCUGACAGCUGUACAUAUUAAAGAUUCUUUGGCAGAAACUCA